UUACCGAAAAUCCGGAGGAAUUCCUCCUACAGUUUAUUCUACCGGACACGGAUCCAGCAAAGUUCUGGUUUUUCUGCCGUGCCGCGUGCGCUAUGCAGCGUAAGAUAGCUCCCAUGAAAAUCACAUGGGACACCAUCUCUAUCGGAUGGGGAUUAAAAAAGUAUAUUCUGGUUAUCCUAUCCGCGUUAAUGGGCAACUGCCACGCUCACCAUUACGCCCGGACAUAUCGUCAGGCCGAGCAGAACCGCCGAUUAAAAAGUUACGUUAAUCGUAUGGGAGAGCCUCUUAGUGAGGAACAACAGGCGAAGGUCCUUAACGAUCUUUUGCACGUAAUGCAAGUCGAUGGACUUAAAACCGAAGCUAUCCAUAAUGGACAUUAUGAUGGGAUCUAUGAUCUCGUUAAAAGAUUUGCGGAGCGUCAGGGGAAGCGCAAAGUCGCUCCGAAUUCACCCGAUACUCCAAUAGCGAGUCAGACAUUACAACCAGAUCCGAAGAAAACAGUAGUGUCAAUGGACACAACAGAACCUGAGGAAACGCCGGAUACAGCUAAUGCUGCAACCGUAAUCGCAGCUAACACUGCAACCGCAGCGCCAACUGCGAAUACUCAAUCUGCAGUGAUCACUGCGCCGUCUAGCGGAAUUCCGCAAACAGAAGUUGUGGCGUCAGUGGAAGCACUGACGAUCGCGGAAACCCUGCCGGCAUUGGAGCAGCAACCCGCCGCAGAGGCGGACGAUGAAAUGACGGGACCAGAACCGUCAAUAAGGAAUAAUUUCCUUUUUCCGACGAGACAAGCCCUUCGAGACCGGCAAUUGGAGCUGGAGGCGAUGGGACAGAACGAAACCUUCACCGACGUGGACCAUUUAAUCUUUGCGGUCCAUAUACCGGAUAACGAAACUGACCCACUUUACUACCCGGGUGGAAACGAUGAAGUGGACUUGCUGGAGGAUAGCACCGAAGUUAAGGCUACGUCUGCCGUAUUGAGCGACGCUCUUAACGCAUUAAAUGGAGAAUUGCAGGAAAACGGAUAAAUCAAAUCGCCGUAGAUGCACUAUGUUGCACAUAUGUCGUGGAUCGACGCUACAAAGCGUAUAAUUGGAGGAAAACUCCGGAAUGGAACCUGCAAAACUAACACGGAUUAACGUGUGCGAUUUUGGAAAUAACCGGAAUGGGAAUUUAACGGAUUCUGUUACGAGUAUAAACUCGUUUUGAUUAAAUUUACGCCGCAUUUUGCCGCGUCUUGUUCUCACUAACUGUGAUGAAAUAAUUGGCACAUUUUUUUCUCAUUAUGAUGAAAUAAUUGGCACAUUUUUUUUCUCAUUAUGUUGCAUAUAAGAUGCGUUUUUUCAUUUCUCAUUCCUGUUUUGAGCCUCAAGGGGCUUCGGCAUCCCGUCCCGUGGCAUGUCAGAGUGCUGUGCAUAUAGCACAGGAUAGUGGCACAUACGCCUCACCAUCAUUGG